AUGGACCCGACCCCGCCGGAAUCAUCGGAGGCGCCGCAACGUGCCGGAGAGGACUUCGUCCACGUCGAUAACCCUGAUCCUAGCAGCGGGGCACUGAGCGAUAGCAUCGUUAAUGUUGCUGAUGAGCUGAGGGACGAGGGACACUCGGUGGUGGCGUCGUCGGGGACUGCCGCCGGUGAGGCUGAGCCUGCUGAGAUGACGGAAGCCCCCGAGGAGCUCUCGAGAGUUGUGGUGCUGACUUGUGAGUCCAAGGCUGAAACUGGGUCCUGCGAUGUCUACUUGGUCGGCACAGCUCAUGUUUCAGAGGAAUCAUGCAGAGAAGUUGAAGUUGUAAUCCGCCACUUGAAACCAGAGGUAGUCUUUCUGGAAUUGUGCGCUAGUCGAGUUAGCAUGCUGGCACCUCAGAAUUUAAAGGUGCCGACUACAGGAGAAAUGAUAGAGAUGUGGAAAAAGAAACACAACUUGUUUGGGAUACUAUAUAGCUGGUUCCUUGCCAAGGUUGCUAGCAAGCUUGAGGUAUUUCCCGGUUCUGAGUUCCGUGUGGCAUAUGAAGAAGCAAAAAAGUAUGGUGCUAUUGUGAUACUUGGUGAUCGACCUGUACAGGUAACGUUGCGAAGAACAUGGUUAAAAAUGCCACUAUGGCACAAGGCAAAACUGGUGUACUCAUUAAUCUUUCAUGCUGUCUUCUUAGCAAGUCCGCAGGACCUUAAGAAAAUGCUCGAGGAGUUGGAUGAUGUCGACAUGGUGACUCUUGUGAUUCAAGAAAUGAGCAAGCAGUACCCUACUCUUAUGGAAACCCUAGUACAUGAGCGAGAUCAGUAUAUGGCAAUGAUGCUACAUAGAUAUGCCUGUGAGCAUUCAUCAGUGGUUGCAGUUAUUGGAAGAGGACAUAUUCAAGGAAUUAAGAAGAAUUGGCAGCAACCCGUGUCGAUGGAAGAUCUUCUGAAAAUUCCAAACCCUAAACCAACAGUUUCAGUAUUGAAGAUCGUUGCCUCCCUAGGUGUUGGCGCGGCUAUUAUAUCUGGCAUUUACCUUGCCCGCAAGAAAUAG